AUGAUCUGGUCUUUGCUUCAAACAGAUGAAAAGAAGGAGCUACUUCAGCUUGGCCAAACAGACAUUGGAACUCCAGAAUCUCAGCAAGCAUUGGUGGCCCAGGAUUUGGCGGUGCAGAUCGGUGCGGAAUCGGCAGCGGAUCCUCUUAGGAAAGCUUUGGUAGCGUCUGGCAGAAGGGUUUUGAAGGACAAAGAGAAAGUUGAGUCCACAUUGAACCUCAAGGUUGGCCGCCGAUUGUGGAGAAGCGUAGCUGUGCUGAAGCCUGGGGCUAAAAAGGGUGGAAGGCCGUCCAAGGUCAAUGAUCCCGAACUUAGACAAAAAGUUCGUGAAUUUCUUCUGUCCAAUUCCACGGUCACUGCGCACUUCAUGAGAGUCAAGCAUGAGAUGGUCAGUGUGCGGUCUCUUUGCCGCAGCAAGCGGAGACUGUGGAAGCUUAACGUGGACAUGCAGAAAGCCAUGUCUUUGUCCGUUUGGCUGCGGCGCUUGAAAGUCCACCACCCACAGUUCCGGAAGUUCAAGAAAAAGGUAGAUAUGUGCCCUAUCUGCCACAAGUAUGACAAACUCGUUGCCCCAAAGAUUUCCAAGGGGGUGGAGCGGGCACUGCAUGGAGUGAAAGCAGUGCAGCCUUCGUACUUCGAGCCUAUGCGGGUUCACUGGGAAAACAUGCAAAAGAUUGGGCGAGCUGACCCGGAUGGUGAGGCUAGCUUGCAAUAUGUCAAGGGAGCACGGCAGUUCAUUGACAACGCUAUGGCAGCUAGAUUGAGGGAGCGAACGGCCAACAGAACUGCAGAGGAACUAGCCAAUCUUUUCCAGCUUCGAGAAGCCGAGCUGGUUGCUUUAACCCAGCUCAAGGAGUUGCAAUCCACCCUCGAAGUCUGCGAGCAUCAUUUCCACAGUGUGCAGAGGCAGCAUAUUUGCCGAGAACAAUGGGAGGAAGAGAUGCCCGAAGACUCAGUGCUGAUCCAAAUGGAUUACGCAGAGAAUUUGACCAUUCCGCUGGGGCCGACUGAGGAGCAAACAUGGUUUUGGGCAACUUCCCGUUUGAGCUUGUCCACUCUGGGAAUCUAUGUGCGGUACAACAGGGGCAGCGCACAGGUCCGGAGAUAUUUCCAUUACAUUUCGCAAAUUUUGGACCACACUGCUUUGCACGCCGCCACAGCGCUGCUUGAUAUUUGGAAGCGGCUGGCCCUUGACCCAGCCUAUAAGCAUGUGCAUAUUUGGACCGACUGCGGCCCGCACUACAGGGCCUAUGCCUUUGUUGGCGCAGGUAUUCAGCUGCUAAAGCAGUAUGGGCACUUGAGCAAUGUUUUCUUUCAUUAUUUUACCGAGCAUCAUGGUAAAGGCCGCAACGAUGGUCAAUUUGGCCUUCAGAGACGGUGGAUCCAAGACUACGCAAUGCGAAAGACCAUUUCGACAGUGGAGGAUUUGCUUGCGGCCUUGAAGGAAGGGGCAGCAGAGACAAUGCGCUCAGAUCCACCACCUGCGGGCCCAGAGUACAACAUCAACCACUUCCGACCAGAGUUCCCCAAGACAUUCUUGUACUUGGAUGCUGCCAGCGCCGACUUGAAGAUAGAAUAUACUUAUUGCGUUGGUUUGAAGCGAAUUAGCGGUCCUGCAUUCCAGGUUCGUUUGAAAAAUUUCAUCUAUUCUGACAGAUGUUUCCAAGCAGAACUGGGCAUUUCUGGUGGCACUGCUCGUUGCAUUGAGAAGGUGCCUGCUGCUGACGAUUGGCGUCUGUCAUAUCGGCAAGAAAAGCCUGAGACGGAUCCAUUGCCAGAGCCUCUACUUCAAAGGCGCCUCGAACACCAAAAACCUGCAAAGACUUUCCUGGCGAGCCGCAAGAGUGACACAGGCUCCAGGCUGCUGAAGCAAGAGCAGCAGCAAGCACAGUACACAGAGCCUCCCGGACCACCUGCGGCGAGCGUGGGCGCCGCUGGGCCGCGCGUGCCUUUCGUGUGGCAGGCACAGUACACAGAGCCUUGA